UGCCCUCCAGGAGCUGACAGUCUGGCACAGAAGACAGGGAAACAGACCAUCUAAGCACUGGUGAUGCGCUCUGCCAUGGAAGCCAGAGGCAGGUGCUCAGAAAAUGCCCCAGGGCAUGAGGUCUGAAGAUGCUGAGAUCUGGGUCAGGGACAGGGGAGGGGCUGGUGGAGGGGCAAUCCCUGCUCCAAAUGAGGGGGUGCAGAGGAUGGAGCACACAGGACAGAGGCCUGGGACUAGAAGGAGGCUUGGCUAGCAAAUGGCCACUGAGCAAAAGAAGAAGAGGAUGUCCCUGAGAGGAAAACAAAACGCUGGGAGCAGGACCAUGCCAGAAUCCUGCCUGUGUCCUUCUCCCAAGCCCUCCCUAAAGCUGGAACGGUUGGAAUUCCAGAGGAACCCACUGUGGUCAGGACAGCCGGCCCUCGGGGCCAGCACGGAUUCGGGGAGGGGCAGGCUGCUGCUGAGCCAUCGCGUCCCAGAGAAACAUGUUCAGUUUGAGAGGGAAUGUCGGGACUUCGGGGUUGGGGGAGAGGAGGACCGAAGACGGGUAUCCCACCGGGGUCUGCCCAGGAGGCUGAGGUGACACUCAGUAGAAGCUGGAGGAAGCUGGAGGAUAAAGCUGCACGCCCCUCCCCUCCUGUCCUGGUCCAGCCCUGGCCGCUGAUGGGAGAGCAGAUCAUCCAGUCCACAACUUCUUAACCAUUUCUUUAGAAGUCUAUGACCCACAGGACUGAAACUGGGGUCAAGGAGGUUGGCAGGUGCUUCCAUGCAGGAUGAUGAUUCUUUACAUUUAUCUAUGACUUUAUAGAGGAAAUAUUCCCUGGUUUUGGAGCUGGAAGACGGGAGUUUGAGACCAGCUCCACCGCUUCCAGCUGCGGGGCCUCUGGGCCUUGGCUUACUCCCCUGUGAAAUGGGGAGAAUGGCAAUCCCUACUCCACUUAAGUCGCUGUGGGUGAGGACAUGAUGGCACAGUAGUUGUGAAACGGUUUUGCCAAUCAAACCUUUAAUAAAAGGCACCCACUUCCAGGUUCUCCCAGGCCUCGUGGCUCCCAGCCCAGUGAGUGCACAGAGACCAUCCGCGUGAGGCACCAAGGACACGACCAGCAUGAACAGGGCGUCCCUGCAGGGCCUUCUAACUGGGGUCAACAAGUACUCCACAGCACUGGGCCGCAUCUGGCUGUUGGUGGUGUUCAUUUUCCACGUACUGGUCUAUGUGGUGGCGGCAGAGAAGGUGUGGGGCAAUGAACAGAGGGGCUUCGUCUGCAACACCAAGCAACCGGGCUGCCCCAAUGUCUGCUAUGAUGAGUUCUUCCUGUCCCACGUGCACCUCUGGGCUCUGCAGCUCAUCCUGGUCACGUGCCCCUCGCUGCUCAUGGUCAUGCACGUGGCCUACCGCCAGGAGCGUGAGCAGCAGCACCGCCUGAAACACGGGCCCAAUGCCCCGUCUCUGUAUGACAAUGAGAGCAAGAAGCGGGGUGGGCUCUGGUGGACGUACUUGCUGAGUCUCAUCUUCAAGGCCGCCAUUGACUCUGGCCUCCUCUACCUCUUCCACCAUCUCUACCAGGGUUACGACAUGCCCCGCGUGGUGACCUGCUCCCAGUCACCCUGCCCCCACUCCAUGGACUGCUGCAUCUCCCAGCCCACAGAGAAGAAGGUCUUCACCUGCUUCAUGGUGGCCACGGCUGUGCUCUGCAUCCUGCUCAGCCUCAGUGAGGCCACCUACCUGGUGGGCAAGAAGUGCUUGGAGACCCUUGGCCCCAGGCGCCAGCAGUCUCAGCCCCAGGGUCACCUUCCUAGUGCACACCCACUGUAUGCCUUCUCGCGGGGAGAUCACGCCCAGGAUGGGGACUCGGUGCUCACAAAGGCCGGGCCGGCCACAGUGGAUGCAGGUGGGUACCCAUAACCUGUGAGAUCCACAGCUGGGACCACCCAGUCCCCCGACAGCUCCCUAAGGCCACUGUCCUCCCUAAGCAGGACAGCAGCACAGGGCAGGUGAGGAAGGUGGGUGUGGGGCUCAGCAAGCCCACCCAGUGGCCAGUGCAGGGGCAGUUCAGUCUCUGGGUUCUGAGCACUGGGCAAGGGAGGUUGACAACUGGUGAGGAUUUUGCAUAUGGCAAUAGGACACGUCAAUACCUGUAAUAAAUAUGAUUUCCCAGUACUUUGCAGACCACAUCAGAAGUGGUGGGCAGGAAAGCUGGGGGCUUCACGAUGGACCUCAG